AAUGCAACGUGCACAAGCUAAACAUGCAAAAAUAUUAUUUCACCGUCUUCAUGAUCAAGCAUCGACAUCUAAUUCGAAUUAUUUGAGAUAUAUUCAGAAUAGAAAAAAUAAUACUGUUACAUCUUUUAAUGGAAGUGUUAUUGAUAAUAAAAAUAUUUCUGAACAUUCUGAAUAUGCUCAUCUUUCUGGUGGAAGGCGUUGGGAAUUCCGUGCUGGGGCAAUGGCCCGUUUAGCUUCUGGUUCAGUUAUUUUGGGGACAGUUGUGUGUAAAUAUACACAAAAAUUUUUAAAUGAAGAGGAAAUACUUGAAGAAAUUGAAGAGAAUGAACGUUUAGAAUUAAAUAAAAAUAAGGAAGUUGAUGAAGAAUUUGAAGAGGGAGAAAUUUUGGAAAAAAAUGAAAGUGAAUAUGGAAUUGGGGAAAUAACAACAGAUCAAAUAAAUGAAAUGAAAAUUGAAAAAAAUAAAAAAAUUGAGAAUGAUUCGAAUUUUUCUGGCCUUCCACUUACUGUUGAUUUUCGACCAUCUUCCUCUGCUCUAGGUCGUAUUCCAAUGAAUUAUUUUCGAAGAGAUAUGUACAACAAUGAUCAAGAUGUUGCGUUUUCUAGAAUUGUUUGCAAACCUUUAGCAUUGGAUACAGAAACUGGUGAUGCUGUUAUUAUGGGAAUUAAUGUUGCUUCUGCAGCUUUAGCUGUUUCCCCGGUUCCUCAAAAUUGUUUAGUUGCAGCCGCUAGAGUGGGAAUUAUUGACGAAAAGAUAAUUGUUAAUCCUUCACAUGAGCAAUUGAAACAUAGCAGUCUUGAUCUUGUAUUGACUGGGACUGCAAUUGGGAAGAAAAGUAAAGGAAAUAAUGAAUAUGUAAUUAUGGUUGAAAUGGAAGGAAAAGAAGUUGAAGCUGAGAAAUUUGUUCAAUGUAUUCAACAAGGAUUUGAUGAAAUACGCCUCACACAAAGUGCUAUUGAAAGAUUAGCUAAAGUAGUUGGACAUGAAAAAUAUAAGACAUCUCCAAAUGAAUUUCCUGCUGAUUUACUAGAAAAAGUUUCUGUUUGUGAAGGGGCAAUAGAAGCUAUUUUAAAAGAACAUUCUCACAGUAAAUCUUCACGUUGGCGGUUAUUAAUGGACAGACAGUCACAGACUUAUAGUGAACAAAUACUUCGAACUGUUUUUGGGGAUAUUACCAAAAAAGUCCAUAGAAAUAUUUUAUUGGAAACCGGUAUUCGAAUUGAUGGACGUAAAUCGGAUCAAUUUAGGCCAAUAAAAUGUAAAGUUAAUUUAUAUAGAAAAUUGCAUGGGUCAGCAAUUUUUCAAAGAGGGCAAUCUCAGGUUUUUUCUACAGUUACAUUUGAUUCUCCACAAGCAGCUUUUCAUCCUGAUGCUAUAGCGCAACUUUUGGGUGCUCAACGAAAAAAGUCUUUUAUGUUGCAUUAUGAAUUUCCUCAAUUCGCUACAAAUGAAAUUGAGAAACCUGGUGCCAGUUCGGAUCGAAGAGAAAUUGGGCAUGGACUGCUAGCUGAAAAAGCACUUCGAAAUUUGGUGCCAGAAGAUUUUCCUUAUACAAUUCGAUUAGCUUGUCAAGUAUUAGAAUCUAAUGGAAGUACUUCAAUGGCAUCAGUUUGUGCUGGUUCUAUGGCUCUUUUUGAUGCUGGAGUGCCUUUGUUAUCUAAUCAAGUAGCUGGUUUAGCAUUGGGACUAAUUACAGAAAAAAGUGAAGAAGCACAAGUUAAUAAUGAAAUUAAUAAAAAUGAAAGUGGAAGUAAUUCCCCCAAAAAUAAAUUUCCUAAUAAAUAUUUACUUUUAACUGAUUUGGCUGGUUUUGAAGAUUUUGCCGGUGAUAUGGAUUUUAAAAUUGCUGGAACUUCAAAAGGUUUUACAGCAAUGCAAAUGGACUUAAAAAUUUGUGGAAUUCCUUUAAAAGUAUUUCGGGAAGCUUUGAAACGAGGACAGUCUGGAAUUGAGCACGUCCUUUCCCUUAUGAGAGCAGAAAUUCCUGAACCAAGGCCAGAAAUGAAGUCUUCCGUGCCUAUAAUUGAAUUAAUGCAGUUACCAAGUUAUAAAAGGCCAAUUUUGUUUAGAUCUGGAGCUUAUAAUGCAAAAUUGAUUGAAGCGGAAACUGGCGUUAAAGUUAGUUCAGAAGACGAUGCAAAUAUUCAAUUAUUUGCUCCAAAUCCCGAAUCUUUAGAAAAAGCAAAAUUAAUGAUUGAAAAAUUAAUGGUAGAACAACAAGAAGAACAGUACCAAUUUGGAGCUUUUUAUAAAGCAGAAAUUGUUCGUAUUCUCGAAGGUGGAAUUCAUGUUUCUCUAAAAGAAGGUGGCCGACAUAUUUGGAUCAGAAAUUCUGACCUUUCUUCUGCACCGAGUAAACAAAAUGCACAGGCGCUUGGUUUUGAGGUUGGUCAAAAAUUAACAGUACAAUAUUUUGGCCGGGAUCAACAUACAGGACAACACAGACUUACAAGAAAAACACUUCAAAUGUUUGAUCCUCCCGUUCAAAAUUUAUUUAAAGAAAAACAACCUUUAAAUGAAAAAUCUCUAAACGAUAAAAUACAAAAGGAAACAAAAAGUUAA